UAAAAUUAUUAUAUCCUUAGAAAUGCUUUGUCUUCUUCGCUAGCGCUCACCGUAAAACCUACAAAUGUAGUGAGGGUUUCCCGCACCAGUGAUCCUUGUUGUUCUGCAUUUACUGAUGGUGGAUGACUUCAACAUUGAGUGGUAAUCUCAAUAUUCACCCGGUCGCUGUCUUUCACUCUCUCCACAGUAUAAGAUUCUCUACAUGGCAUCUUCCAUUGCUACGAGAACGUUUGUCGGGUUAAAAUCAAUUCGAUCAUCGCUUUGCUUACUGAAGCAGUCGAGAGCCUUCACUUCGAUUUUAAGGGGGAGAACUUCAGUUAUUCGAGUGGCUUUUUCAUCCUUAGUUUCUUCUAAUAAUCUUAUCCACUGCUCGGCAGCUGGAUCACCCAGUUUGAAAGUCUCCAAGUCAUUUAAUUCAAUGGCCCGUGAUGAGCCGGUUGUUUCUCCUGAUUGGCUGCAGUCUAAUCUGAGGAAGCCUGAUGUGAAGGUAUUGGAUGCUUCCUGGUACAUGCCGGAUGAAAAGCGGAAUCCCUUCCAAGAGUAUCAGGUUGCUCACAUUCCUGGUGCCUUAUUUUUUGAUGUUGAUGGGAUCUCCGACCGCAAAUCAGAUUUGCCUCAUAUGUUGCCAUCUGAAGAAGCUUUUGCUGCUGCUGUGUCUGCUCUCGAUAUUCAUAACAAAGACGGUAUUGUAGUUUAUGAUGGAAAAGGGAUUUUCAGUGCAGCACGCGUGUGGUGGAUGUUCCGAGUUUUUGGACAUGACAAAGUAUGGGUAUUGGAUGGAGGCUUGCCUCUUUGGCGUGCAUCAGGAUUUGAUGUUGAAUCAAGUGGUUCUGGAGAUGCGGUUUUGAAAGCGCGUGCAGCUAUUGAAGCAAUCGAAAAGGUCUACCAACAGCAAUCAGUUGGUCCUACUACUUUUGAGGCAAAACUCCAGCCUCAUUUGAUUUGGACCCUUGAGCAGGUUAGAGGAAACAUUGAUAGUCAAACUCAUCAACAUGUAGAUGCUCGAUCAAAAACAAGAUUUGAUGGGGCAGCACCUGAACCACGCAAAGGAGUUAGAAGUGGCCAUGUACCUGGAAGUAAAUGCAUACCUUUUGGACAGCUGUUAGAUGGAUCACAAAAGCUUUUGCCCAAAGAGGAGCUUACUAAAAGAUUUGAGCAGGAAGGAAUUUCAUUGGAUCGUCCUGUUGUUACCUCAUGUGGUACUGGUGUCACUGCAUGCAUACUGUCCCUUGGUCUCCAUCGGUUAGGGAAGACAGAUGUGGCUGUGUAUGAUGGAUCUUGGACUGAAUGGGGAGCCCAUCCUGACACUCCUGUCCAGGCUACUUGAAUUUCUCCUCCAACGGCUACCUGCAGAGUCUGAUCAAAAUCUCUGAGCUUCAAAUUUUAUUUCCAACCAACUCAGGAUGGUGAGAUGCAUAAUCCCAGGUCUGAAACACUUAUCAGCAUCAUCAUAUCUAUCCUAGUUAUUCAGAACAUGUCAAAUACUUGAACAGAAUUUCUAAAACUUUUAAAAAUAUUCAGUUGGUUUAAGCUCUGCAAAACUUCUAAAAAAUUAUUUACUUCCAAUUGUAAAUUUUCUGUAAUUUCGGUGGUUGAGGUUUGAAGCCAUGUGUCACGGACAAAUAGUCCCACAUCAGCUAGGUGUAGGACCGAAAAAUAGUAUUUAAGUCCCGGGCUGCCCAUCACUCACAAAGGCUCUUUUGGGAGGUGACAAGUGGUAUCAGAGCAGAUUACUGUCUGUCAGGUGUGUGG